AUGGCCCGGAUGAAGCUAAGGAAGCUGGAGGAGUACCUGCAGGGCGUUGAUGGCUUUGAGCAACCCAAGAUCUUGUUGGAACAAUACCCAACUCCGCCGCACAUAGCUGCCUGUAUGGCCCAUCAUAUGCAGUCGCAGCACGAGGACAUUGAGGGAAAGUUAGUGGGAGAUUUGGGUUGUGGCUGCGGAAUGCUUAGCAUAGCUUCAACUCUCCUGGGCGCUCAACUCACGGUGGGCUUCGAACUAGACGGUGAUGCAGUGGAUACAUUCAGGAGCAAUGUGUUGGAGAUGGAGCUGCCAAAUGUCGACUGCGUCCGGGCGGAUGUUCUGCAGCUGGCGGAGAGCAAGUGGGAGAAGUCCUUUGACACGGUGGUGAUGAACCCACCUUUUGGAACAAAACACAAUGCAGGCAUGGACAUGCGAUUCCUGGAGGUGGCUCUGCGGUUGGCCAACAAAGCUGUUUAUUCCCUGCACAAGACGUCAACAAGGGCCUACAUUCAGAAGAAGGCCCAGGAGUGGGGCGCCCGCGCUACAGUGAUUGCCGAACUCCGAUACAACAUUGACGCCAGCUACAAAUUUCACAAACACAAGUCCAAGGAUAUCGAGGUCGACUUCUGGCGUUUUGACAUCAGCAAGGAAUAGGAAGAAAUAACUCAGAUGCUUUUAGUUUGGAACAUUAUAUGUGUAUUUUAAAUUUUAGCAAAUAGGAAGACAUUAAAAUUGAUCUGUUUUUUACUCUA